AUGGAACCUUUUUUUAUAUUCCUCAUAGUCCUUCUAGUCAUUGUGGUUUUCGAUGUGAUUAUGCUUGUAGUGAAAAGCUGUGAGUGUGGAGGACCAUAUGGCAGUGGUGGUGAGGGCGAUGGUGAUGCUGGAGGAGGAGGAUGUGGUGAGGGCGAUGGUGAUGCUGGAGGAGGAGGAUGUGGUGAGGGCGAUGGUGAUGCUGGAGGUGGAGGAUGUGGUGAGGGCGAUGGUGAUGCUGGAGGUGGAGUAUGUAGUGGUCAUAGCGGCACAGUGCUGGUGGUGGUGGUGGUGGUGGCCGCGGAAGCGGAGGAUAUAACAGUGGCUGCGGCAGCGGCCGAUGUGGAGGUGGCUGAGGAUUCUAGUUAG